GCUUGUUUCACUUUCGGUUUUUCAGUCAACAAAGAUUCUCCAUGUUAUUAUUGUUAUAGUCUGGAGUAGGCCUACUUGAUCAUUGAUCUAAUCUAGAUCUAGCUAGAGAUCCCCGUUUUGUACAAUACACACUUCAGGCUAAAUCUGUAUGAUGAAUAUGAUUCAAUUUUGUAAAGAUGUUCUUCAAGCUCUAAAGCUGACUACUUUUGAAAAUGAACAGCAUUUGUCUUCCCUGCUGCACAUGCUCACAACGCCACCUAUGUACACAACACUUCGGUUCAACUCACAGAAGACCCAACCAGAACAGGCAGUGGAGAAGAUUGCUGUGUUGCUAAAUGAGCAAAGUCAACUAAGUCAAAGAAAGCCAUAUGAUAUAUUUUUGCACCCAAAACUUUGUGACUGUAUAGUGAUUAAGAAUAGGGGACCUUUUGAUGUAGCAAAGACAGAUAAAGAAAUAAUUGUUGAUUUGGCAUGUGGGAUGGCAAUACUGAGAGGAGCGCAUGUUUAUAAAAAUGGAAUCAUGGGAAUCCUACAUAAUACCAGAGCGGGUGAUCUUGUAUCUGUGUACGCUGAUCUGGAUGGCAAGUGUCUAAAGGGCAGAGCCUCCGUAUAUGAUGGUCAAAAGCUGCAUGUUGGGAAUGGGGUCUCUCAAGUUGCAAGAUCAGAUGUAUGUAAUGUCAACACAUCACACAGCGGGAUAGGUAUUUUGAUGACGCAGCCAAUUUUUGAAGCACCCUCCCUAGCUGAUAUACUACAAGAGGAAAUUUUUGCACAAAAUUUACCCUCCAUUGUAUGUGUUCAUGUUCUGGACCCACAGGAAGGGGAGACUAUCCUGGAUAUGUGUGCUGCCCCAGGAGGAAAGACGACCCAUAUUGCCACACUUAUGAAAAACAGAGGACGGAUUGUAGCAUUAGAAAAGAGCAAAGAAAGAACUAAGAAAAUGGAAAAACUAAAAACUGAGAAUAUGGAGAUUUAUCCUUUUGACUCAACAAAUGCUGUUUCUGCUGAUGCUGAUCCCAUGGGUGGGCCACCGUAUCCUCCCUGUACGUUUGACCGUAUCCUGGUAGACGCACCAUGCAGUGCUUUGGGUCAGAGGCCGUCGUACAUGAACAAGUUAACUCUCAACCAACUCAAGUCAUUUCCUGUCAUCCAACACAAGCUUCUGAUGACUGCCGUCAAACUGUUGAAACCUGGGGGUGUGCUGGUGUACAGUACCUGCACUAUAACAAGGGAGGAGAAUGAGGACCAGGUGUGCAACCUCUUAAAGGCUUGUCCAGACCUGGAUCUUGUUGCUACUCCCUAUAAAAUUGGAGGGGAUGGCUUACCAGGGUGUGGUCUUUCUGAAGAGCAGAGGUCAAUGGUUCAGAGAUUUGACCCCAGCUUUUUAAGCACAUCUGACCAGGAUAAAUAUAACGUGGAUACAAUAGGAUUUUUUAUUGCAAAGUUCAAGAAAAAUAAAGAUGCUGGAGUUUCAUGAUUAAAA